AUGAAAUAUAUAGAUAUAGGAGUCAAUCUUACUGAUGAUAUGUAUCAGGGCAUGUAUCAUGGCAAGCAGAAGCAUCAAGCUGACUUGCCUAAAGUACUACAGCGAUCAUGGGACAAUGGUUUGGAUAAGAUCAUCAUAACUUCUGGUCGUUUGUCAGAGGUGCAGCAGGCAUUGAACAUUAUAAAGCUUCAACAACAACAAGGUCAGCAGCAGAGAUUGUUCACAACCAUUGGUGUUCAUCCUACACGUUGCACAGAGUUUGUUGAUGACGAGCAAAAGUAUAUCGAUUCACUGCUGGAACUGUACAAUGCCAACAAAGAGUCGAUUGUGGCCAUUGGCGAGUUUGGUUUGGACUAUGACCGUUUGGAGUUCUGUCCCAAGGACGUACAGCUCAAGUACUUUGAGCUGCAGUUCAAGUUGGUCGAGGCCACUGGACUGCCUCUAUUCCUACAUCUUCGCAAUGCCUUUGGAGAUUUCAUGGAUGUCAUUAAGAGACAUCGUCAUACAUUCAAAUAUGGUGUCGUUCACUCCUUUGAUGGCACGGCUGAAGAGGCAAAGCAGAUCAUCGAGGCCGGACUUUACAUUGGAAUCAAUGGUUGCUCACUAAAGACUGAGGACAAUCUCAAAGCAAUGGCAACAAUACCUUCGGAUCGUCUACUUAUUGAAACUGAUGCACCUUGGUGUGAUAUCAGACGUACACAUGCUUCACAUAAGUAUGUAAAGACAACAUUCGAAUCAGUCAAGAAGCCAGAGAAGCAUGAAAUAGACAAAUGUGUACAAUCACGCAAUGAACCAUGUCAUAUUGUUAAUGUGUUGGAAGUUAUUGCAGGAUGUAGAAAUGAGUCAAUUGAUACUCUGGGUAACAUUAUCUAUGAGACUAGCAAUCAAAUAUUCUUUCCAUCAUCAUCCUCCACAAAUAUAAGUACAACUACAACUACAACU